AUGUCGAUCCUACCACUCAUCACCUUCAAGGCCGGCAUGUGCGAUGUCGAGACCUCAUCCACUUCUGCUGGCGCGAACGCGAUCAACCCAUGGACGACCCCGAGCUCGACCUCGUCAUGGUGCCCACGGACGGCCAGUUUAUUCCACACCACAGCGGCGACAAGGCAUCCUCCAAGACGAACGGCCGUAUCUUUUGUCCUCAAGUUUGCUUCCUCGUCCGCCCGACACUUCUUCUGGCUGCAGUCGAAGCCCCAGUCCCCCAGCGGCGAUCCCAGCUGGUUCAGCCCCCGGGAUCGCAAGAUUGGAGACAUAGUCCACGAGCUGCUGCAGGGUGAGGACGUUGACGUGCAGCGCGAGCUCGCACCAGUGUCGGGCGGAAACCAGGGCGAUGACGAUGAUGACGACGAUGACGAGAUGGAGGAUGCCGACAACGACAGGUCCGGCCGCGCCGCCUACAGGGGCGCCGGCGGUGGCGCCGGCGCCGACGCCACGGGAGGAGACGUCCGAGAAGAGGGCGAAGAUGCCCGAGAGGGCGGCAGCGACGGAGCACGAGCAGCUGGUUCGGGUGCGAGCGGGGCGCCGACGGAUGCCGAUGCUGCCGUCAGGAACUUCCUGCAGUCAUUGCAAGGGAACGCCGGACUCGGCGGUGCGCAGGGUGGCCAGCAGCAGCAGCAGGGGGCAGGCGGCGCCGACAAGGCUUUCCCGUAUCUCAACCACCUUCUGCCCAACGAGAUCACGAUUCCCAUGCUGCGCACCGCGUCGGAAGAGUACAUCGACAGCCUGCUGAGCUUCCUGCCGCCGGCCAUCCUGGUGCUCGCCACUGGUUCUGGCGACCUGGGGGACUCGGAGCCGACGGCAGACGCUGCGGCCGCGGCCAUGGCGUCUCUCAGCGUCGCGGAGAAGAAGACUGUGCUGGAGAGGGUGUUCAGGAGUCCUCAGUUCCACCAGGGGCUGGGCAGCCUGACGAUGGCCAUCCGCGACGGUGGCCUGCCCACGAUCGCCGAGGCUCUCACGAUCAAGGUCGCCAAUGGGGGGUACCUGCAGGGCGGCGGGAUGCCCCUCGGUGGUGGCGAGGCUGUUGAGGCUUUUGUCGAAGGCGUCAAGAAGACUGUGCAGGAAAAGAAGGAACAGCGGCCCCCACUCUUCAACGUCACUCUGGUCCCUGAGCUCCUGCAGCUUCAGGCAUCUCAAUCCCAGGCUUCUGAACUUUCCCAUCUUCCAGCUUCCAUCUUCCAUCUUUCACCCCUCAGCCUAGCCACAGCCGCGAUCAUGGCCGACGCAACAAUGCAUCCGCCGUUGCCCACGUCGGAGGACGCAUUCGCCCAGGACGAUCGCAUCUCCUUCUCUCGUCUCGACAACAAGUACAUCGCCGUCAACGACGAAGACGGCACCGAGCUCGAAUUCGACCAGGCCACCCGAAAAUGGGUCCUUCCCCCAGACCACGACGACGACAACCAGCGAGAGCUGCAACAACAGGACGCGCAUCUAGCCGACCUCGCCCAGAGCGGGAGCACCACCACGGCCCAGGACGUCAGCGCGUCACGGAAACGCAAAGAUGCGCCGCUGAACGGCAACGAGGUAUGCGCCGUCGUGCACGAAUCCGGACCGCGAGGCCAGCCCUUCGCCCAGGCCGGACCCUCUUUCUCCUUUGUCUCCUCCUCCUCCUCCUCUUCUUCUUCUCAUGCCUACGAAAGCAGCGCGCAGCCACCGUGA